AUGGAAUAUAGGUCUGGGCCUGGGCAAGGGAAAAUAGGUCAGAGCAGUCAGCCGGCCAUCAAGCGGGUCCAGGCAGGCAGUCGGCCGUCGCAGGAGAGACGAGCGAGCUCGCUGAAGAAGCUAGCGCGGCGAGAAGUGAGCGCGCGAGGAAACUGGGCGUUCAAGCGCACGAGCUCGGAGGAGAAGUUCAGGAACUUCAGCCUCCAGGGGGAGUACGACACGUUCGACGCCAAGGCCGCGCAGGUGGAGCGCCUGUCGUUUCUGAAGCGGCGAUCGCGGAUCGUGGAGAUCGUGGCGGCCAAGGAUCUGCUCUUCACGCUCGCGCACUCGGGAGCAUGCGCUGCCAUCUGCUUAGAGUCGCGGCGGCGGCUGUGCUACAUGAACGUGGGGUCGGAGGAGGUGAUUCGGAGCCUGUUCUUCAACAAGAACAACGACUCGCUCAUCACCGUCUCCGUCUACGCGCAGGACAACUUCAGCUCGCUCAAAUGCAGAAGCACCCCGCUCGAGUGCGCCCCUGCCUUUCCUCCCAAUCCUCGUGUCCAGGCGUCUUUUGAAGAUCGCUUUAUUCCUCUGUGUCGUUCGCCUGUCGCCGCCUCUCCCUCCCGCACUCUGUGCCCUCCCUGCUCUGCUCCUUCUGCCGCCCAUCCCUUUCUCACGUGCGCGCAAGUCACAAGGCCCUUCCCGUGUGUGGUGUGCUUCGCUCCACAUGGUGUGUGCGCGGUGCUGCGCGUGCCCUGCAGGUACAUCCGGAGGGGGCGGCCCAGCGAGGGCUUUGCGCUGUUUGAGUCGGAGUCGCUGCGCUGGCCGGGCUUUGUGGAGUUUGACGACGUCAACGGCAAGGUCCUCACCUACUCCGCUGACAACGGGUAUGCUGCUCCCCUCCCCCCUGUGCUGCACAUGCGCUCAUGCGCUCACUGCAAGCUGGCUUUGCCGUUAACUUGUGUGAAAUCGUUUGAGUGCGUGUGGAUGCGUGUGUUGUGUGCGGGGUGCAGCAUGUACAAGGUGUUUAAUCUGCGCAACUACACUCUCCUCUACAGCGUGCCCGACAGCAACAUUCAGGAAAUCAAAAUCAGUCCGGGCAUCAUGCUGCUGAUCUACAACCGCGCGGAGGGGCACGUGCCACUCAAGAUCCUGUCGAUCGAGGACGGGGCGGUGCUGGCGUCGUUUGUGCAGCUGCUGCAGCGCGGCAAGAAGGUGGACUUCAUCGAGCAGUUCAACGAGAAGCUGCUCGUCAAGCAGGAGAACGACAACCUCCACAUCCUCGACGUGCGCACGCGGGAGGAGACGCAGGUGAGCCGCACGGAGUUCAUGACGCCCUCGGCGUUCAUCUUCCUGUACGAGAACCAGCUCUUCCUCACCUUCCGCAACCGCGCCGUGGCCGUGUGGAACUUCCGCGGGGAGAUGGUGACGGCGUUUGAGGACCACGAGCUCUGGUACCCCGACUGCAACACCAACAACAUCUACAUCACCUCGGACCAGGACCUCAUCAUCUCCUACUGCAAGCACCACCACCCCUCCCACGCCCCCCACGGUCAGUCCACACCACCUCCCCGUGCCUGUCUCUCAUUCUAA